CGGCGGUGCCCAGCGCAACCCCCCUCCCCCCCCCGCCCCCCGACACCGCCGCCGGCUGCAGCAGCGCAGCCGCCCCCGCCGGGGUGCGCGCCCGCGGCGGCUCCGCAGCAGCGCCCGCCCGCUGCCCUCCGCGCCCGGCGCCGGGCCGCCAGCGCAGAAGGGAGCUGGGGUGUGGGGAUGCGGCCACAGCCCUGAGCUGAAACCAUCCGUGACUCACCUCCGGGGAGCCCAGCACCAGCCAUGAGCGGCUUCUUCUCACGCCUGGACCCACGGCGGGUGCCAUGGGGGGCAGCGGGCUAUGCCCUGCGCACUCGCGUCCUGCGCACCAAGCCCGUGGAGUCGAUGCUGGAGGGCACGGGGACCGCCACCGCCCAGGGCGCCAGGCUGGCCAAGGUCCUCACCACCCUCGACCUCAUCUCCCUCGGCGUCGGGAGCUGCGUGGGCACCGGCAUGUACGUGGUGUCCGGCCUGGUGGCCAAGGAGAUGGCGGGACCCGGGGUCAUCGUUUCCUUCAUCAUCGCUGCUGUCGCCUCUAUCUUAUCAGGCGUUUGCUACGCUGAGUUUGGCGUGCGGGUCCCCAAGACCACGGGCUCUGCCUACACCUACAGCUAUGUGACGGUGGGGGAGUUCGUGGCGUUCUUCAUCGGCUGGAACCUCAUCCUGGAGUACCUGAUCGGCACAGCCGCGGGCGCCAGCGCCCUCAGCAGCAUGUUCGACUCUCUGGCCAACCACACCAUCAGCCACUGGAUGAUCAACAGCGUCGGGACAUUGAACGGACUAGGGAAAGGAGAGGAGUCGUACCCUGACCUUCUUGCUCUGGUCAUUGCUGUCAUUGUCACCAUCAUCGUGGCCAUGGGGGUGAAGAACUCGGUGGGGCUGAACAACGUGCUCAAUGUCAUUAACCUGGCAGUCUGGAUCUUCAUCAUGAUUGCUGGUCUCUUCUAUGUCAAAGGUGACAACUGGUCUGAAGGCCAAUUCCUGCCAUUUGGAUGGCCGGGGGUGCUCAAAGGGGCUGCGACGUGUUUCUACGCCUUCAUCGGCUUCGACAUCAUCGCUACCACGGGAGAAGAAGCGAAGAGUCCCAACACCUCCAUCCCCUAUGCCAUCACGGCCUCGCUCGUCACGUGCUUGACAGCAUAUGUGUCCGUGAGCAUCAUCCUCACACUGAUGGUGCCAUACGACGCCAUCGACACCGAGUCCCCGCUGAUGGAAAUGUUUGUGGUCCACGGCUUCUACGCAGCCAAGUUCAUCGUUGCCAUUGGGUCUGUGGCCGGCCUGACUGUCAGCUUGCUGGGCUCCCUCUUCCCAAUGCCGAGAGUCAUUUACGCCAUGGCUGGUGACGGGCUGCUCUUCAGAUUUUUAUCCCACAUCAGUUCCUACACGGAAACUCCCGUAGUGGCUUGUAUUGUCUCCGGAUUCCUCGCAGCUUUGCUCUCCUUGCUGGUCAGCCUGCGGGACCUGAUAGAAAUGAUGUCCAUCGGCACGCUGCUCGCUUAUACACUGGUCUCCGUCUGCGUCCUGCUCCUCCGAUACCAGCCCGAGAGUGACAUCGAUGGCUUCGUCAAAUUCCUCUCCGAGGAGCACACCAAGAAGAAGGAGGGCAUCCUGGCCGACUGCGAGAAGGAAGCUUGCUCCCCGGGGAGCGAAGGAGAAGAGUUUGCUGGCCCACCGACCAACACAUGUGGGGCAAAAAACCUGCCAUCGCUGGGGGAUAACGAGAUGCUAAUUGGGAAAUCCGAUAAAUCCACCUACAACGUGAAUCACCCCAAUUAUGGCACGGUUGACAUGACCUCAGGGAUAGAGGCGGAUGAGUCUGAGAACAUCUACCUUAUCAAGCUGAAGAAGUUGAUCGGCCCUCGCUACUACACCAUGAGGAUCCACCUCGGACUGCCAGGGAAAAUGGACCGCCCCACGGCGGCCACCGGCCACACGGUCACCACCUGCGUGAUCCUGCUUUUUGUCCUGAUGUUCAUCUUCUGCUCCUUCAUCAUUUUCGGGGCAGACUACAUCUACGAGCAGAGCUGGUGGGCUGUCCUCCUCGUCGUGCUGAUGGUCCUGCUCAUCGUCGUGCUGGUGUUUGUGAUCUUGCAGCAGCCAGAAAACCCCAAGAAGCUGCCCUACAUGGCACCUUGUCUGCCCUUCGUCCCUGCCUUUGCUAUGCUGGUGAAUAUCUAUCUCAUGCUGAAGCUCUCCACGGUCACGUGGAUCCGAUUUGCCGUCUGGUGUUUUGUGGGUCUGCUCAUCUACUUUGGCUACGGGAUGUGGAACAGCACGCUGGAGAUCAGCGCCCGGGAGGAGGCCCUCCACCAGAGCACCUACCAGCGCUACGACGUGGACGUCGACCCCUUCUCCGUGGAUGACGGCUUCUCCUACGCCACCGAGGGUGAGGGCUACCCGGGCUGGGGUCCCUCCGAGGACAAGAGCUUCUCGUACCAGCAAAUGGCGGGAGCAAAGGAAAGCCAUCGGACGAGUAGCAGGUCGAAAAGCAAAGGCAGGCACAAACCGCCAUCGGAGGCUCUCAUCGCCAACGACGAGUUGGACUACUCUCCUGAGUAGCGGGGCAGGCAGCAGGGUGCUGCACCACCCAGCCGGUGAGGAAGGGUGCCCGCGGCUCCCCUGUCCUGUCCCAUCCUCCCCGGGUCCUCCACCACCACCCCACUCACCUCUGGUCCUCGGGACACGCUCUGCGAUUGACGUUGACCACGAACCAAACACACCCGUGGCCUGUCCCGGCUCCACCAGUCAGGUCCCACUCUGGUGAAUGCUGGCCGACCCCCUGGCACCGGUUGAUCUCCCAGCACUGGCCGCGCCAGCGGAGGUGGUGGAGUGGGAGACGUGCCAAACUGGGAGGGCGUUGAGAGGUGGAAGGAGCUGCAUGAAGGGAUGUGAUGAGUUGUCCCCCAGGGAAUGUCCACCCGAUGGCCACAGCAGUGGGAUGCCACUCUUAACAUUUUUGGCACUUUCUUCUGUGUUUUCUUCUUUGAACCACCUGGAAGUAGUAGCUGAGCCAGAGGGACAGACGGGUAGGCAGGUAUGAAAUGGAGAUGGACAAACCCCUUUCAAGGGAGUAGCUCAGAGGUGGAUCCAGGGAUGUUGGUCCCAUCACACAGCGUUUCCAUGGCCUGUUCUGGUGCAAAGGGACUCGGUGCACACAGCAGUGUAACCCCCUUGUCCAUCCCCACACCCCAAAUCCAAGCAUUGCAAAUACCAGGAGUCAAAAUUAGUCCAUGUCUCAAUCAAACCUUGAAAUCCCAGCAGGGCCAAACAUCCCAAAUCGGUGGUUGGGAGCUUGGUCCCAUUUCUGGUCACGGUGAGGGCUGUGAGUCAUUCUUGGCUCAACCCAGCUUGUGUGAAUGGUCAAUGAGAACCACACGCCGUUUCUCUGAGCAUCACCCGUCUGAGGCUGGGUGCUGUUUCCACCACGUUGUGUCUUUUACAAAAAUGACUCCGUUGUAAUUCCCUCACUAUGGUGGGCACAUUUCAGCGCUCGCUCUGGCCUCGGUGCUUCAGGGAUGUGUCCAUGCCCCCACAAAAUAACAACGGCCGUGGGUCAGCCACGUCUUGGCAGGGCUGGGCCAUGUGUGGCAAGUGGAGAGGACUCAGCUGCUGAAUUCUCCCUCCUGCUGCCGUCUCCACCUUGUACCAUUUUCUCUGUUUCUGACCCUGGCUUGGUGGACGCUGUAUGAAAAAACACUGAAAUGCUGCUCGUUCCGUAAGUGUCCAUGUUUCAAUCUGAAACCAAACAGAGCUGGCGGCUCGCAGGGCAGAGAGGGUCAGCAGGUGGACUUUUCUCACAGUUAAACCCUCUGCUAUGGCCUGAGCGUGGCCAUGACCCCGGCAGUGCCAUCAGGUUCCCUGUCACCAGCGUCCCCGCAGCACCACUGGUGCCACCAUCUCCCCCAGCACAGACAGCUGCUGAGUCAGCGAUUGUCUGGAGGCCAUCACCAACAUGCUUGGUUUAAAAGUCUGCAAUGGAGGAACGGCUUCUUGAAUAAAUAAUAACCAAGGAAACACCCCAUCAGACAGCAACACCCAUCCUCCUCCUGGCUGCUGAAGGCUGCAGCUGGAUCCAUCCCCAGGGCUCCUCUGGAACAGCCCAGACCAACCCCUGGCACCAGGGGCUGUUGCUGGCAUCCCAGGGGACAGUUUAACGUCGACGGGGGCAUGAGGCAGGAUUUCCAAUGCGUGAUGCUGAGAACCGUUAACACUUCGGUUCGCUGGAUGAGGCUCGCCCCCCCGAAACACAGCGCAGAGCUGGCCUGGCACCCUUUGCGGGCAAGCGGGCAGCUGGGUGCAGAGGGUCCCUGGACCCACACCCGUCCCCAUCACUUCCAGGGCUCAAGGACUCCAAGGAGAGGCUGACCAUGGCUGCAAAAGUUUCCCACCUGCAGCUCUUCUCCCAAACGAUCACUAAUGACAGCCCUUUCCCCAGUGGAGAAGAGCAUCUGAUGCUGCAGAUCAUAACUCGGAGCGUCCCGGCUAAGCCAAGGGAAGUUUGACCUCCACGAGGACUUCAGGAUGGGAGCGAGGAUUUGGCAAAAGGACCCGUAAGCUUCACUCUGGCGUCCCCUCCCGCUGCCCGCCCCUACCACGCUUCUACAAGCAGAAAUCCUGAGUGUGUCCCACCGAAAAGCUGUUUGCAAUGUGCGCACCGCUCACGGGCCAGCUCGGGAAACCUUUCCAAGCAGUGCCAAGCCGUUCUCGCAAAGGUCACCUCUCGCUCGCGCUUGGCUGCUCUCGUCCUCGAUGCCUUAGAAGCACCCAAGAGAGAUGGCACCUCGCAGGUCUGGCUUUACAUUUUCAGGGAGAGAGAUUGAUGCUAUUUAUUUUCCUACCAGCUCUUGUACUAUACCAUAUCUGAGGUAGUCGUCUUCGUCCUGCUUCCGCACGGUAUUUAGGCAUCUGCCGAACCACAAACUCAUGCCCAAGUACCCUGUUGAAUCGAAGCCUGUUAUUCCUUUCGCAGCCUUAAUCUCUUGCUACAGAGCAGUUACCAGUACCAAUGUCUGUUGUCAUGUCCGCUCUAGUUAUGCUGUAUAAUUUGGCAAGGGCUUGAUCCCUUGCUCUUUGGCAUCUGUAGGAACCUCUCGGUUGGAUCCAUGCAUCAAGUGAAGCCCUUUGGCUGCUCUUGUUCCAAUUCACCCAUUCUCCUUCCUCUUCCUGGGAAGGACCAGGGCAGGAUGGCUGCACCAUGUCCCCGGGACUGCCGGGAAACAGCAUUUGAUGCCACCGUCCGGUGUGGACAGAUUGCCGGCAGCCCUUGCCGUGGUGGUGGGUGGGAGCCGUACCCUCCUCCCAAGCCCACCACAUCCACCUAACGUGGGAGCGUAAGGAGAAGGCAGCUGAGCCGCAGGCUGGGUCUUGCCUGGGUCCCCCCACCCGGCUCCGAGCGGCAGUGCCUGGGGGACACGCGGGUCCCACCUCCGUUUGGGAGCUUGGACGCUUUCCCUUGUAGCGGGCGUUGGGGUCUUCAAUGGGCACAAGCAAAAGAGCAAAAGCCGCAAAGGCCAAAACGUUCAGGCGCGUCCAUCACCUCCGGGCACCGCUGGCCCCGGGGGGUGGUUUUGGAUGUUGGGAGGAGAUGCAAGUGCUUGAUUUGCCGUAACCCCAAAAUCCAGCCUUUCCCCCUGGGUGCCCUCAGGGAGGUUCUCACACCCCUGACCAAUCAGGAGGACACAGGCGGAGCGGUCCCACCACCGGUGAGAGGUGCCCAGCCCCACCACCCCUGACCGCCCCCCACAGGGCAUGAACCCAGGGGCCCAAUGCAUGAUACGGACGGAGCAUAAAUACCUCAAACCUUCCAGACCGACUCUAUACGAUCUCAGUCCCUCCGCAAAUUCACUCCGCACAGUUAGGACCACUCGAUACAAGACCCGGCACGCCGGCAUCCUCCACGCGGCAGAAAAAUCACGCCCUGAACGACAUCGGAUGUUGUAAAUCCAGCUUGUAAAUGAUCUUCACUUCGUUUUGUUCGGUCUUUCUGAUGUAUAUCUUGCUUUUUUUUUUUGCGGAUGGUACUUUCUGGUGUAACAAUUCUCUGCAGUUCUGGUAUGAAAUUGAUGUAUUUGUUAAAAAAAGUUUGUUCUUUUUUAUUUUUUUUUUUUUUGUGGUUUCCAAAAGCCCAUUGGUGCAUUGUACAAUGGGAUCCUGUAGUGUGUCAUGAGAAAGAAAAAACAUAUGCAGAUAUGUUAUGGAGUGAUUUUUAUUUUCAAAUGAUUGUGUUGUUGACAACUAUACAUAUAGUAUAUAUAUAUAUUAUCAAGAUACUAAGAAAAAAAUCUAAAUUUACCAAAAUCUGUAUAUUUUAAUAAAUGCAUAAAGCUUUAUUGUGUGCCUUUACAUUUAACAAUCAAACAGGAACUAAUGGAUUUUUAAAGAAAGCCAGAGACAAACAUGUCUUAGUAUCAGUUUCCAUAGUAAUGUAAAUCUUUUAAAUGAAAGACUAAACCAAAAAAUAAAAAUAAAAAAAAAAAUUCCCAUGUAAAUUCUGUUAAGCCAAUCAGUAGCUGAAGGUCUGAUAUUUUUUUCAAUGCUAAAUUGAAGCUAGAGAUGAACAAACCUUGCCUUAAGUACUUCAAAAUUUCCUCUGUGGAAGAUCCAUUUCAAUGGGCUGACUUGGGUAUUUACUUGCACUGUUGUGAAAAAAAGUGGUUAUCAGUUUACCCAAUAAAAAUAAAAAAAAAAGAAAAAAGAACCCAAAGCCAAUGACCACAGGUUGACUGUUGCAGUGCGAAGCCCCAGGGAGCGCCGACAUCUUCCCAUCUGCUCACGGUGCUACCAGCACCCCCCUUUCCCCAGGGUAACUGGCGUGCCAUGACUGCUUCUCCUCUUCGGGAUGCUCAGGGCCACCAGUGUCCCCUCCCUCCUGUUAUUCCUAUUAUCUGGGGAACGGGGGGGCUGCCAGGAGAAUUCCCCACGAUGGGGAACCAUAGCUGGUCCUGGUGGGGCCGUGGAGGGCUCCACUGGGCCAUCAAGGACCACCACGGCUCACACCCACCACUCCACAGCUGAUAUUAGGCAUGGCGUGGAGCAGUUUUUCCUUUAAGGAGAAUUAUAUUUGACUCUAUUUUGAGG